CAGAACAUUUAUUGCAUCCAAUAACAGCUUCAUAAAUAUUACUUCUGUGUAUUGAAAAAGAGCUUUUUUGAGGCUUAUUUCUGGUGCCAAACUCCAUCCUUUCUCACCUUGUCCUCCCUCCAGGAUGGCCAACGGGGGUCCAGGACACCGGGGACCCUUCUAUCACCAGGAGAGGGGAGGAAGAGGAGGAGGAAGAGGGGACGGGCUAGCCACGACCCCCCUCUCUUACCCUCGAACCCCCGCAGGGUUGCAAACUUCCUAAAACCUCCCUCCUCCCUCCCCCUUUCUCCAUCACUGACUAUGUAGUGGACGUCUUCGAAGGGGAGGUGGGUCUGGCUUGCUGCAUCGCAGAGAUAAGGUCCUGGAGCCGGUCCUUGGUGGCUGAGGAAAGGAGGGGUGUCCGGAAUCCGUGGGAUCUGGGCUUUUAGAAGAGGACACCGUGGGGAUCACCCAGGCUCCUGCUACUGAGUGCCGCUGCAAAUCGGGAAUUGGAAGGGACAAGAUGAGCGAGGUAUUUGGCAGCAAUAUUUCAGACUACUGGCUCCGGGCGAUGGUGGGCGUUAACGAAACCAAGCGAGAUUGGAACCUCAGCCAACCGGUGACCUACGUGAAUUACUAUCUCCACCAACCCCAAGUGGCGGCGGUCUUCAUCUUUUCCUACUUUUUAAUCUUCUCUCUGUGCAUGGUGGGCAAUUUCCUGGUUUGCUUCAUUGUGCUGAAGAACAAACACAUGCACACAGUUACCAACCUCUUCAUCCUCAACCUGGCUGUCGGCGACCUACUUGUUGGCCUCUUCUGCAUGCCCAUCACCCUCCUGGAUAACAUCAUCGCAGGCUGGCCCUUUGGGAACCUGAUGUGCAAGAUCAGCGGGGUGGUCCAAGGCAUAUCCGUCGUGGCAUCUGUCUUCACUCUGGUCGCAAUUGCUGUGGAUCGGUUCCGGUGCGUCGUCUACCCGUUCAAGCCCAAGUUCACCGUCAAGACGGCGCUGGCGGUCGUCGGGGCGGUCUGGGUGCUGGCCGUCGCCCUCAUGUCCCCCUCGGCCGUCAUGCUGGGGGUCCAGGAGGAGGGGCGUUACAGGGUCCGGCACGGCCCCGGCAACCAGUCCAGUCCCAUCUAUUGGUGCCGGGAGGCCUGGCCCAGCGAGGACAUGCGGAAGGUCUACACCGCCGUGCUGUUCGCCAACGUCUACCUGGCCCCCCUGGCCCUCAUCGUCGUCAUGUACGGCUGCGUCGGCUUCGCCCUCUUCAAGACGGGCGGCCCCCCGAGGACCAAGUCGGCCGGCCGCGACCCGAGGGAAGCCAUGCCCAAGAGGAAGCAGAGGGUCGUUAAGAUGCUCCUCGUCGUGGCCCUCCUCUUCAUGCUGUCCUGGCUGCCCCUGUGGACGCUGAUGAUGCUCUCGGAUUACGCCGACCUCUCGCCCCAGCAGCUGCGGGUCAUCAAUAUCUACGUCUACCCCUUCGCCCACUGGCUGGCCUUCUGCAACAGCAGCAUCAACCCCAUCGUCUUCGGGUUCUUCAACGAGAACUUCCGCCUCGGCUUCCGGGAGGUCUUCGGCUUCCGGCCCCGCGGGAAGAAGGUGGUCCGCGGGGAGGCCCGCUCGGCGGGGACCGGGAGCCGCGCCGGGACGACCGCGGCCACCCCGAUGACCCAGCAAGAGGAGAAACGCCUACUUCGCUCGGGGGAAUCAGCCCUAAAUGAGCCGGAGCUGCCGAUGGGAGAGCUGAAGGUCGACGACUCCCGAAAGCCAUAAAGUCUUUGCCUGGUGGCCAGAAUCGCGUGGAUGAGCCUAUUCCAGGUCCUCUCUGGCAAAAGAAACCAAACAUACAUAUAGAGAAAAUGAAACGAUCCCAUUCCCCAUUUAGUUUGUAAAAUGUGUAGUGAGACUUA